AUGGCUCUCGGAUAUGCUGGAAACCACCAAGAGCAAGCCAUCAAUUCGAAUAUCACAACUACUGGCUUCCAAACAGAAUUUCCUAAUCCUGCAACUGCAGUCCCGCGGCGAAUUGGAGAAAAUACUCGACAUGUGGACUUGAGAUGUUUCAAGACUCAAGUCAUAGGUGUUUUGGGAAGCACGGACGUGCCGAUGAGAGUCGGAGAUGCUAUUUGUGGCUUGAUGGGGGCCAGGGUUCCCUAUAUUCUGCGAUCAUGUGGCAAUUCAUGGAUGUUUGUUGGUCCCUGCCACCUGCUUGAUCUCGAGGUUAUGAACGGCCUGUUAAUGAAAGAGCUAGAUGCUGGAAGGUUUACGCUUCGGAACUUCAUUAUUAAAUAA